GGAGCGAACGAGCGACUGCAAGAACGACGACGACAGCAAUAAAGAAGGGAAAACAUCUGCAAAUCGCCAUUUUUUUACAUUUCCACAAAAAAGGCAGAAAAUAUGAAAGCAACUGCAGAACAAUUCAACAAAGACUGGAACGAGUGCUACGGGGUCCUGCCAGAAGAUCACCUGCGAGAGGGCACGUACAUCACGCUCAACGGUUGUUACUGCCUAAAAAAUAACAAUGAGGAAAACGUCUAUAUAAAGGACGAGCGCUAUCGACGACGCAAGAUGUGCCAGAAUUGCUUCAACGCAGAGCAUCUGAAUAAUUACACGCUUAUUCACACGCGUCACACUAUAUACCAUCGGAGCACAUUCAAUCCGGAAAUCUCACUCUUCUGCGUACUCUGCAAAAAAGAUUGUACGCAGGAGAGGCGAUUAAGUGUAGACAGUGUAUUGAGGAAUGCCUGGAAAACUCAAUAAGCCGGCAUCCUCAAUAAGCGCGAGAUUAUU